AUGGCUGGUGACGGCAAAUCUGCCCCUCCCACUGCUAGUGGAGAGUCGGGCUCUCGCCAGCGAAAGACACAUCGCAAAUCAAGACUUGGAUGUCGAAACUGCAAGCUACGAAGAGUCAAAUGCGACGAAAAGAAGCCGGGUUGCCAGAAAUGUCUCAGCUUUGAUGUCGUGUGCAACUAUGACCCAAAUAUACCAGAUCUCCAGCCGCGAGGGCCCGCCUCUGCAGAGAUGGGCUGUAUGAAUGCCACCACCACCAUGGAAAGGUCUCUGCUCUCAGCGAACCGACCUACACUUAAGUGGAUCAAUUCAUCGUUACAAGAGGAUCCGGGUUUCCCUCUGGUGAUGGGAAGAUAUACGGCCAAGCAGCAGAUUGACUAUUCCGAUCUGGCCCUCAUGGACCGAUUCCAGACGCGAACGGUCCUCACCAUCGGGACCAGAUCGGCGUCGCACUUUCUCCGGAAGGAACUGAUACAACUCGCCUGUUGCAAUCGGUUCUUGAUGCAUUUGGUCCAAUCGUUGACUGCAGCCCAUGACCGUUUCCUGUCGGGAGCGGCCCUCUCCAAACGGACCGCGACCGAGGUGUACCACAUGAGUCAGGGGGUGCGAGCGUUCCAGUACAAGCUUUCCCGUCCCAUACGGGACCAAGAUCGUGACGCGGUGUUUGUGGCAGCGUCUAUAGUCGGCGUGUUGACCUUUGCCAUUGAAGCAUCCUCGAUCGAACAAGUCUGGCCGUUAGGAGAGGGCGACUUUGCCUGGCUGAACAUCAGUGAAGGCAAGAAAGCCGUGUGGCAGGUUGCCAACCCGCUACGUGAAGACAGCGUGUGGCGGGGCUUGGGCAGGCUCUACGCACGGAAUACCUUUGCCAUGUCCAAAUCCCCAAAACAGCGACCUUCGGUGUUUGGCCAUCUCUGUGGUGACGACGACGCAGUUGAGUCCGAAGAGAGCGAUGGCGCCUCCUCCCCGGUUUCAAUGCCAUUCAACCCGUAUCGCAAAACCGCCCUGAUUUUGACGGAACUGCUCGACCUUGACUGCGAUGACAGCACAUGGAACAAGUUUCUGGCUUUCAUUGCCCAAGUCGACCCGUGUUACAAGGUCUUACUCCAGGCCAAAGACCCCUGGGCUAUGCUUAUGCUCGCUUAUUGGUUUGUCAAGAUCUGUCGAGCACCAUGGUGGAUUGCCACGAGAGCCAUUAUUCAGGGCCAAGCCAUCUGCUUGUAUCUCGAACGAUAUCAUGCCGAUGAUGCCAGAUUGCAGGAAGCCAUCCAGUAUCCCCGGAAGGAGCUCGAUCUGGCCCAAAGGGAGGGAUAUGGGGGAUUUCCAUAG